AUGGGUUGUCCUCCAGGGACGGGAAGGUUGUCCUCAGGAGCCAGGAAGGUUGUCCUCCAGGAACCAGGGAGUUGUCCUCCAGGGACCAGGAAAAGUUGUCCUCAGGAGGCAGGAAGGUUGUCCUCCAGGGACCAGGAAGGUUUUCCUCCGGGAGGGAAGGUUGUCCUCAGGGGCCAGGAAGGUUGUCUUCCAGGAGCCAGGGAGGUUGUCCUCCAGGAGCCUGGGAGGUUGUCCUCAGGGGACCAGGAAGGUUGUCCUCCAGGAGGCAGGAGGUUGUCCUCCAGGAGCCAGGGAAGGUUGUCCUCCAGGAGCCAGGAGGUUGUCCUCAGGAGCCUGGGAGGUUGUCCUCCAGGGACCAGGAAGGUUGUCCUCAGGAGGCAGGAAGGUUGUCUUCAGGGAGCCAGGGAAGGUUGUCCUCAGGGACCAGGAAGGUUGUCCUCAGGGCAAGGGAAGGUUGUCCUCAGGCCAGGAAAUCUCAGGACCAGGAGGUUGUCCUCCAGGGACCAGGAAGGUUGUCCUCCAGGAGCCACGGAAGGUUGUCCUCCAGGCCAGGCAGGAGCCGGGGAAGGUUGUCCUCCAGGAGCCAGGAAGGUUGUCCUCAGGAGCCACGGAAGGUUGUCCUCCAGGAGCCAGGGAGGUGUCCUCCAGGAGCCGGGGAAGGUUGUCCUCAGGGCCAGGAGGUUGUCCUCCAGGACCAGGAAGGUUGUCCUCCAGGAGCCAGGAAAAAUUGUCUCAGGAGCCACGGAAGGUUGUCCUCCAGGGACCAGGGAAGGUUGUCCUCAGGAGCCACGGAAGGUUGUCCUCCAGGAGCCACGGAAGGUUGUCCUCAGGAGCCGGGGAAGGUUGUCCUCCAGGAGCCAGGGAAGGUUGUCCUCCAGGAGCCACAGGUUGUCCUCAGGAGCCAGGAAGGUUGUCCUCCAGGAGCCAGGAGGUUGUCCUCCAGGAGCCACGGAAGGUUGUCCUCCAGGAGCCAGGGAAGGUUGUCCUCCAGGAGCACGGAAGGUUGUCCUCCAGGAGCCACGGAAGGUUGUCCUCCAGGGGCCAGGAAGGUUGUCCUCCAGGAGCCAGGAGGUUGUCCUCCAGGAGCCAGGGAGGUUGUCCUCAGGAGCCAGGGAAGGUUGUCCUCCAGGAGCCACGGAAGGUUGUCCUCAGGAGCCAGGGGUUGUCUCCAGGAGCCACGGAAGGUUGUCCUCCAGGAGCAGGGAAGGUGUCCUCCAGGAGCCACGGAAGGUUGUCCUCCAGGGGUUUCCUCCAGGGAGGUUGUCCGGGCCAGGAAGGUUGUCCUCAGGGGCCAGGGGUGUCCUCAGGGCCAGUUGUCCUCCAGCGGAAGGUUGUCCUCAGGAGCCAGGGAAGGUUGUCCUCCAGGAGCCACGGAAGGUUGUCCUCCAGGAGCCAGGGAAGGUUGUCCUCAGGGCCAGGAAGGUUGUCCUCAGGAGCCAGGAGUUGUCCUCCAGGAGCCGGGAAGGUUGUCCUCAGGCCAGGGAGGUUGUCCUCAGGGGCCAGAAGGUUGUCCUCAGGGGCCACGGAGGUUGUCCUCCAGGAGCCAGGGAAGGUUGUCCUCCAGGAGCCAGGGAAGGUUGUCCUCCAGGAGCCAGGGAAGGUUGUCCUCCAGGGGCCAGACCUGUGUGA